AUGACUCUGCUGGACUUGUGGCUGUCCCGCUCCAUCCCCAUGUGCCUGCUCCUUCAGAGUCUUGUUCUUAUGGCCUUGUGCUUCCCCUCAGCCAGCAUGUGUCCAAAGGGCUGCAGCUGUCUACGUGACCCCCAUCUCCAUGGCCUCAAUGUUACCUGCAGUCAGUCCAGUCUCAAGGAGAUUCCUGCUAACCUUCCAGAUGACACCGUCCUGCUGAGGUUGGACCACAACCAGAUCAGAGCUGUGCCGGAGAAAGCCUUCUAUGAACUCAAGCGCCUGAGAGAGCUGAACCUUUCUUACAAUGCAGUGGAGACUUUAGGGGAGGAUGCCUUCAAUGGCAUUGAUGGGACUUUACAGGUGCUGGACCUUUCACACAACCACAUCAUUAAUGUUCACAAGAACGCUUUCACUAAGCUGAGAGCCCGCAUUAUUGUGCACGAUAACCCCUGGCAUUGUGAGUGUGCCCUCCAGCAGGGUGCUGGUGGGGUGGCCCACAACCAUGAGGUGGCGUCCCGGGUUGUCUGCGGGAGCUCUGAUCUUUUUGAUCUGGAGGGACGGCCUGUCAUGGCGGUGGAUACUGACUUGUGCAAUCUGGCUAAAAGGACCACAGACUACGCAAUGCUGGUCACCAUGUUUUGCUGGUUUGCUAUGGUCAUUUCAUAUGUGGUGUAUUAUGUCCGUCAAAACCAAGAGGAUGCCCGACGCCACCUGGAGUACCUCAAGUCUCUUCCCAGUAAGCCCAAGAAACCUGACGAAGCUGAUGACAUAAGCACAGUUGUCUGA